AUGCAAGCCCCAGCUUCGGACGCCCCUCAAGUUGCUCAAGGACGAUACCCUAGCGGCCAUAAAAGAUCAAUCUGCUUCAACCCUGCCACUGUUUAACAAGUGCUCACAGUCUGGAUUCUCCCAUCAAAUGAACGACCCAACAACACCUGUAUUAGGCGGCUGUUUGCCCAAACAGAUCCGAAGAGCCUUGCCAGUAUGCCUAAUAUUGCUAUUACUGGCCCUAUGUCUGUCAACAGCUGGACCAAUGGGAGCAUUCAGUGUCGCAGUGUCAUAUCAUGCUAGUUUGGCCAGCGGGAGAUUUCCCAAGAAGAUCUGGCAGACAUGGAAGGUUGAUCCUCUCGACUUCGAAGAACGAGAUUUGACAACAGCCAGAACCUGGAUCUCGAAGAACCCAGAACACAGGUACGAAGUUCUGACAGACCAGAACGACCUGUACUAUGUGGAGACUCAUUUUGGCCCGGCUGGCUUCAACCGACCAGACAUUGUGCACAUGUACAGGUCACUCACUGCGAAGAUCAUAAAGGCCGAUUUGUUGCGAUACCUGGUCAUGUACGUCGAGGGCGGCGUGUACACAGACAUUGAUGUCGAAGCUUUGAAGCCCCUUGACCGCUUCAUACCAAGUCGAUACAAGGAGAAAGACAUUGACAUGGUCAUUGGCGUUGAAAUUGAUCAGCCCGAGUUCAGAAAUCAUAGCAUCCUGGGAGCAAAAUGUCAAUCAUUUUGCCAAUGGACAUUCAUGUGCAUGCCACGACUUCGGGUGAUGAUGAGGCUCAUCAACAAUAUCUUGAAGUGGCUGAACGAUGUCGCGAGGGAACAAGGAGUGUCCAUAUCGGAGAUUCAGCUGGACUUUGAUGGAGUGAUCAGUGGGACAGGUCCGUCGGCCUUUACAAAGGCGAUAUUGGCGGAUAUGGCAAAACGAACAGGUGAGGACGUCAGCUGGGAUUGCUUCCAUAAUAUGGGCGAGUCAAAGCUUGUCGGAGGCAUCCUGGUUCUUACUGUUGAAGCAUUUGCAGCAGGGCAAGGCCAUUCAGACUCCGGGAACCACAACGCAAAGACGGCAUUGGUCAAGCAUCAUUAUCACGCGUCUGGCUGGCCAUCAUCCCAUCCACGGUACAUGCAUCCCGUUCAUGGUGAGGUCGAAAGAUGCAAUUGGGAUGCGAAUUGUGUCCGAGAGUGGGAUGCCAACAAAGCUGCGUUUGACGCACUGACGCCGGAAGAGCAGGCAAGUCAGAUUGCUUUGAAGGAGGCCACCAACGCUAACGCUGAGGUGGUGGUACCCCCAGAAGCACAGUUGCUCAUUCCGUAAAGGGUGGUUAGCGUGUCAUCACUAGUCAGUACAUAUUCGAGAACAAAGUUCAACGCUGUUUGCGGCGACCACCAUUCCUGCAAGUAUUGAAAAAAAAGAGGUGGGAGCUGUAGGGCCGCCUGUGCCCGUUUGAUGAUCUGUCCGUUUCGUUGGGUCUUCUGCCACAACAAUGCAUCUGCGCGUACCACAAUAAUGUGUCAAUAGCAGCCUUAGGGUUUGGGUUGACGAGCCUUCGCGCAGGUCAUUCAGCAGGUCUCUCGCCUAG